CAUUUUUGCAGCGUCCGAGAGCCGAGCAUGAGCGCGACCGUGGCCGAAGCUCAAGCGCUGCGCAAGAGCCUCGAGCGGCCGCCCGUCGACACGUCGCAGUCCGACAUCUUCUUCCAGCAGUUCGCCAUGUUCGCCGCCAUCGGCCGCCAAGAAGAAGCGCGCGUCUCGACGGCCAAAGCCCGGCAAGAAGCCGAAUUUAUGAGCCUGCUCUACGCCUACUUUUCGGGCUCGGACCCCGCGAGCUACCGCCAGUUCUUCGAAACGCCGCGGGCACGUGCACCGCCGCCCAUGUCGCUGACGACCAAGCAGGUGCCGCCGUCGCCGCAGGUGGCGACGCCGCCGACAAGCAGCAACAGCUCAAUGUCGCCGCUGCACCUCCCGCGCAUGCUACCAGUCGUCACGCCGACGUUGCAUCUCUCGACGCCGCCGGCGUCAACCAACCCCAAGCCGACGGCCAGCUACCACAUGGACCUCCCGGCCUCCACGUACACGGAGGCGCGCAGCCGCCAGCCCGCCUACAGCAUCUCGUCGACCACAGCAACGGUACCGGAGGAGUACGACGAGCACUACGACAAUAGCCCGACGAGCUCGGUCGACGACAACAACCACAGCCACCACGACGACCCGAGCCACCACAAGCACGAGGCCGAGAACCGAUUCGACGUUGUCUUUCAGCAGCAAUCCAUGGGCAUGAAGCUCGGGUACGACCCAUUGAAGAAGUGCGCGGUCGUCAAGGAGAGCUUUGACGGCACCGAGUCGAAGAAGUACACGCAGAUUACGAGCGGCGUCAUGAUCCUCUCGGUCAACGGGCUCUCGCUCUGUGGCAUUAGCCUUUCCAAGAUCAUGUCGCGGCUCCGCGAGGCGCAACGCCCGGCGGUGAUUCGCUUUGAGCGGCCGCUUGCCUCCUAAUGACGCAAACGACUCGCUUCUCUUGUGUGUAUAACUUAAAAGCGCUCGAUCCUUCGCGCUCCCGUCUUGAGUCUGGUCCAAAGUCCCAACGCUACGACGAAUUCGUAACCAGCACAAGUAGCACACCAAGGCGUGCGUGUCACGUGCCAGCGUCCAUUAUCAUGGCGAUGGGCAACUGGGCUUAUCGUCGCACGUAACAGGCCACAGAGCAACGGGUCGGCGUUCCCACAUGCCGACUGGCGUGUUGGUAGUUACGAUGGACCCAAGCUUGCCACGACGUCGUGACGCCCCGCGGUAGCGUAGCACACGUACAAUACAGCACAGCCUGCUCCUGGCUGUCGAUAGCAACUACAUGUAUGUCAUGUAUGUCUACGGUCAAGAUGGUCAUCGGAGCAGUUCGCUGGUGAUGACCACGG